UCCUCCAACAGCUCCAACUUCCAUUUACUUGCGAACUCAUCAGCUGAUCCUUUGUGGAUUUCGUCUUUUGUUUGUGCCAACGGUAAAUCUGUAAAUAGUUUCGGAAUUAUCGAUCUUGUGCAAUAACGGAUAGUGCUAAAGUGAAAGUGGGUCAAAAAGGAAGAAACAAUCUGAUUGUGCCAUGGUGCGCGUUUGAUGCUUUAUUCAAUAUGGUGGACUCAAUGAAUGUCGUCGAUUCAGUUUGACGUAGCAAGUUUUUCAAUAAGGGAAAUCAAUAAGGAAAAUAAUACGAGUUUUCGACCACCAAGAUGAAUCACCAUUGUUGGCGAAAUGCAAAAACAAGAGUGAACGAGGACGAUGAAAUCGAAUGGCCUAAGCUGUCAUCUUCUGUGCUGCAGGACAGAUCAGAUCGAAAAAAAAUGCUGCGACAUCACAUUUCUUCGAUUCACAGCGAUUUACCAAGUUCUUCGAACAACCACGAUCCUCAGGAGAGUUUGGACGAUCUCGAUUACCCGAAACUGGGUGAAGCUUUCAUCAAGAGGAAACAGACUUUUCCGGAAUGCAAUCAGCUGGCCAUCGUCAAACAUUUUCACGAUCGGUCCGAACGGAAAUUUCGAAUACCCAGCAGUACGGAUUUGAUUGAAGUCGAUUUCAGAAGAACCUUGGAACGACAAAACUGGCAGGGCUGUCAACUUGUGAAUCAGGGAGCGAAGAUCACAGUGGAUAUAUGCAAAUUGAAUGUGAAUAUGAGUUUGGAGAAGCCGCUGGCAAAGUGGUUGUUUGCCAAGUCCAAGAGGAAAAUAACAUACAUAGCAAGAAAGAAAAAACCAUCCAAACUCAAAGGAUUAAUUUUGUAUGAUAGAAUGAUUAAAAAGCAGGCCAGAGCUGGCGGACAAAAGAUUUGUGAAGUUAUGGUCAACCCAAUCUUGAGAAACGACUUAUCGAGUAUAGAUUUUGGUGGUCUACGCAUCAAUGUUGUUCCCCAUGACGACAGAGAGCUGCUGGAUAAAAUGUCAGCUUUGACUUGUAUGAGCUCAGAUUAUAGAAACCCUCAGGAGAUUAAUAUCGUCGAAGAUAAUGUCAUCUUUAGACCAGAUUUACAUGAACAAAUGGAAAACAUGACGAUCCAUGUAAAAAACGAGUCAAGUCCAACGGAUGAAGAAGAUAAUGGGACCAUUGUUUGCAAUUCCGGAUUCAUCGAUCUCGAUACCUUGGAAGCAACGAGAAAUCUCAAAAUCUCUGACGAACCAGGAAAUAGUAUCGUCAAUGUUCCCAACAAACCAUGUAGGAUCCAAUUUAGCAAAAAGUUUCGAGAAUACUGCACAAACACAGUCACUCCAAGCUUGAAGUCUUGCUUGGAUGAUUUUUUGAGCGAAAUGUUGAGGUUACAAAAAAAAAUAUACGAAAGAGACAGAGUCAAGGGAAAAAGCAAACGACGCUAUCACGCGGGCAUCAAAGAAGUGUGUAAACACAUUGAUCUCAAAAAAAUCAAAUUCGUCAUCAUUGCUACGGAUCUUGAAAAAGUGCAAAUGGAAGGAGGUUUGGACGAUACUCUCAACAAACUUUUGGAAAUAUGCAAAAAGCAUGAAGUGCCUUACUGCUUCGGCCUUGGAAGACGAAAGCUUGGUUAUUACACUUAUGGCAAAGGUUUUACCAGCUGCAUUGGAAUCGUAAAUUACAGUGGUGCUGAAGAAAAGCUCAAAAACGUGCUGUGCGCUGUAAUAAAGGCUAAAGACGAAUUUUUGAGCUUGAUGUUCAACGAUGGAAAAACAAUUGAUGUAGAAAAACUCUUACCCAGAGAAGAACUGCUUCUGUCCGAAAAAAUAAACGCUUAUUUGAAGAUAAUAGCAGUAGCGUCUACGAGCUGAAUUUCUCAACACCGAAAAUAUCCAAUUUGUACAUACUAAUGAUUAUUAAAAAAAUUUAACAAAUAAA